AUGGAAGUUUUCAGAAAAAUCAUCUAGAACACAGGACCACCACAGUGUUUUGUGAUGUGAAUAAGCAUGAUUAACACUUCUGGCAACAAAUAUGUAUUAUUCCCUGAGACAACAUAUGAUAGACAUCUUAAUCCAUGUAUUUGAAUGUAAUAUGCAGAUUGUUGGCACAUCAUGGCUUACAUUCCAAUCACAGAGGACAGUCAAAUUUAUUAUAGACUUAUCAGAUGCUAAUUUCUUAGAAAGAUUAUUUGUUUUAUUUCAUACAUAGAGGGAAAAAGUCUGGAUGGUGGUGCUGUGCAAAAAAUUUCUUUAAUAAACAUAGGAUUAGUAAAUGUAGAUUUCUUAUGUUUCUCUUAUAAAGAUGCAUCUGCAAUUGGGACUAGAGAGUUCUGCAGAUUUCGGCACAAAGAAAUUCUUCACAGAAAGUCCAAGAGCUGGAAAUAUCUGGAGAUAUAAUGAAUUCUGGUCACCAGAAGAUUCAAAGUAUUGCUACGUCAGCAGCACAGAUUUCAGUGCUAGUUAAUGGACAUUUUAUUGAGAGACCAUUAUGGAAUGCAUUUAUAAAUUUAGAAGAGACUUCCUUAGUGAGCGAUGUGAUUUAUGAAGAGGAAGAAAUUGACUCUGAGGAUGGGUUAUCGGAAUGUUGUCAUAUUAUUAAAGAAACAAAUCCUGUUAAGGCACAGACAACUCAAGAAAUUGAAAAAGAAAAUGAUGAGUACAAUAUUGAAAUGAGUGUAUCGAUGAUGGCUUAUGUAGCAGAUUGUAUUGAAGAAACAAAUGAAGUGAAAGAAUUGAAGGGUUGUGCACACAGGAGGUUUCGGGGUUUAACCCCCCUCCAGGAUCAUCAAGGGAGGGGAGCUGGGGCCCAGAGAAAAUUUAGGAGUUAAUAGUGGUUUUUACCCCUAUAAAUUAAUAUUUUUACUAACAAAAAAUAAAGUCCUUAAGACUGCUUUUCAUUAAUAUAAAAACAUUUCUACGUAUUUCAUUCAUUCAAAAAAAUGACCUGCUGUACCCUUGUGCCCCAUAUGAGCUCUUGAUUGCCCUAUCCCUCCCAUUUGGCAGUUCAAACAGAAAGAAUAUUACUAUGUUAAUAAAACAAUAUAUUAAGUGUGUAUAUUUUGUACCUGUUCAGUUCUUUAGUCUACUGUAUUGUUACUACAUACACCUGUAUUGUAAAAGUUAAACUAUGUUAUGAAUAAAUAAUGCUUUUUUUUU